AAAAACACUUUAAUAAUUGAAUAAUUAUGAAAAGAAUAACAUCUCUGCUGCAGAAAAGUGUUAAGCGGGUAUUCUGACAUAAUUUUCAGGUUUAAGAAAAAUUGUUCGCUCUGUGAUUUUUAAAUUGCAGCAGACUAAAUUGUGAUUUAAUCUAAUUUUGGAUUAAUUUCCCAGCCCUACUUCUAACCUAUUUCUGAUAAGACUUCUGUCAGUGAAUAUUUUUAUUCUUCAUGUAAAACUUCACCUCUCUUUAUUGAAACAACCCCAGAGCUCCAAACAUGUCCCUUUGUUGACCGUGACAGCCUGGUAUCAUCCUGUUUCUGUCUCUGACAGAAGUCAGCUGGAUUCUCCUUCAGUUGACUGAAACAUCACAUUUGACCACUUGUCAGGAUUCUUUCAUUCAUUUCAGAGGAAAACGUCUGCCGGUUGUUUGUGUGUGCUGAGCUUUACUACACAAAUGUUGAAAAAAUAACGCUCUAAAGUCAGAAUAGUUCUCUGUUUUUUGAUGGAAACAGGAGUGAUGUCAGAGUUAGUGAUAGAUAGCUUUGCUCACUACACAUUAACGCCUUCUUACCCACAGAUGUGCAGAAAUACAUCAAAUAAACUUCAGUUUUUUAAAUCAACCAUUGAGAAAAAGAUCAGUUCUUAUGGGUUAUCAGCCAUCAGGAGUAGGAAAUUGUCGGUUAUCGAUAUCAGCUCAAAAAAAUAUUUAUCCUCACUAAGAUAUAAGGAAAUACAGAACAGUAGACAGGGUUUGUUUUCUACUUUCCUGUUCCAGUCCUAGUCCAUGUCCUCAUACUUUAGAUCGGCCUGUUAGGUUGACUGCUAUAAAAACAUACAGUGGGAAGAAACGGCAGAAAACAAAGAAAAUGUAACAGUAAGUGAAUAAAAAGGUAAAUAAAAUAGAGAAAUAAAUGAAUGAAAUAACUUUAAAAUUUUAAAAAUAUUAAAAUGAUAUGGUGGCGUAUUGCAUUCACUUGAAAAUGAAUGAUCAUGAAAUAGUUAUGUCGUAAAAACAGGAGGAUUUUUUUAUUUUCAAGUGAAUGCAAUACGCCACAGUAAAAUGAAUAAAAUUAUAUAAACAUUUUGAAAAAUGUCUUAUAAAAUCAAAGAAAUAAAUGAAUACUGAGUAAAAUAACAGGUGAAUUUAGAAACACAGUACCAGUCCAAACUUUUGAAAUGUAAGUGAUCAGGCCCUGAGUGAAUGAGUGACAGCCUGUGGGCGGGCUCUGCAGUCAGGAAGGAUAAAUGUUCAGCAUAUUUAAUGAAAGCAGACCAGAUAUUAUACUCUUAAGUGAUCCUUUGAGGGUGGCUCUCAGACAGUGCUCUUCCUCUUUAGUGCUUACAUCCAGAAAUGGAAUGAUGAACCGAGCCGGCUCCCGUCGGUCCCGUAAAGAGUCGUCCGUUUGUCCCGACUCGUCCACGGACUGCCCACCACUAUUAUCCACUUGUUCUGUGGUAACGUUCACAGCGUUGUUCACCGCGGAGCAAUGUCGGCGCUGUGAGGCUGGCUUUGAUGAAUUUAGCAACUCCAGCGGCCGUUGGAGCUCUUCUUCACCGUUCUAGAGCCCGAACGAGGCCGCCACGGCGGAUUUAGACGGACUCGGUCCACGUCCACGCCGCCAUGGCGCUUCAGUAAGGCGGUUAUAAAACAUGACUGUCAGCGCCGAAACAAAACCACACUUUUCACUGUUUGAACUCUCAUCUGUGAAAACCUCCAUUUUAGCUCACUUUCUCCGGGGUUCGGGGCCUCUGCGCCGGCGUGGGAUGCGGAUGGAAGUUUAUCCGGACAACUUCACGUCCCACCCCGGGAGCAAUUACUCCAAUUAGCGGGCAGCGUGAGCUCCGAGCCGGCGGAGUGGGGCUUGAGGGGACUAAGAGAGCAUUUACUCCUUUACAAGGCUCCAGAUACGCUCCAUCUUCAUCAUCAUCAUCAUCAGGGACACAUGGAGUUAGUCACAGAGGGCAGCACAGAGGGGUGGAGUCCAGUCCCACAGCCAGGUGCGGCACUUUAAUGCUUCAGGUGGAUGGUUUUCCUACUGGAGACGGUGUUAAGGCUGAUCGAUCGGCUGGCAGACUGACUGGAUCCAUGAUGGAAUUACAGACGUUACAGGAGGCCCUGAAGGUGGAGAUCCAGAUCCAUCAGAAACUGGUCGCCCAGAUGAAGCAGGACCCUCAGAAUGCAGAUCUGAAGAAGCAGCUCCAUGAACUCCAGGCCAAGAUCACAGCGCUCAGUGAGAAGCAGAAAAAGGUGGUGGAGCAGCUGAGGAAGGAGCUGCUGGUGAAGCAGGAGCCCGAGGCGAAGCUGCAGUUGCACGUCCAGACUCCACCAGUAGGCGGCGACAUCAAGCCAGCCAACCUGCUGCAGAGCCAGCAGAUACCAGGAGGACUGCAGCAGUUUCUCCCUGGACAGACGCUGACGGUCACGCCGGUCCUCACCACGAAGACUCUACCUCUGGUGCUGAAAGCUGCCGCGGCGCCCGCCCUACCCGGCUCUGUCCUGCCACAACGCCCGCCCACUGUUGCUAUGGUAACCACAGCUAUCACCAAACCCGACGCGCAGAACGCUCCCAUCAACCUGCAGGUGGCCAGCAAGCUGACCAAUCAGAGUCCAGAGCCUGUGCGACUCGUGUCCAAGAACGCCAUGGUGAUGCAGGCCACCACCACCUCCGCCCAGCCAAUCAAAGUUCCUCAGUUUGUCCCUCCUCCUAGAAUGACGCCUCGACCCACCUAUCAGCCACAGGUCAGGCCCAAACUGGCCACGCCCACCAACGUCCCCAUCGCCCCAGCCCCUCCCCCUCCCAUGAUGGCGGCCCCCCAGCUCCUCCAGAGGCCCGUCAUGUUGGCCACCAAGCUGUCAUCCUCCCUGUCCUCCUCGGCUCCCAUUCAUCAAGUCCGCAUCGUGAACGGACAGCCGUGCAGCAAGACCGGCUCGACGCCGCUGACGGGCAUCGUCAUCACCACGCCCGUCUCCGCUAGCUCCGCCAGACUCGCCAGCCCAGCCCAGGCGCCUACCCCAAUCCCCACCCCUAUCUCCACCCCUACCCCCAUCCUCACCCCUACUCCAGCCCAGCCCCAGCCGAUCCAGAUCAGCAGCCUGACCCCUGAGCCCAAGCAGACUGUUAAACCUGGAGGAGCAGAGAAGGCCGUCGUCAGCCUCCCCUCGUCCUCCACUCCCCCGCUGUCUCCUCCACCUCCCCCCAGACCCAAGAAAGAGGAGAACCCAGAGAAACUGGCUUUCAUGGUGUCUUUGGGCCUGGUAACACACGACCACUUAGAAGAAAUUCAGAGCAAACGACAGGAGAGGAAGAGGAGAACGACAGCUAACCCAGUGUACAGCGGCGCCGUGUUUGAACCUGAGAGGAAAAAGAGCGCAGUGAGUUACCUGAACAGCCCUCUGCACCAGGGGACCAGGAAGAGAGGUCGCCCACCCAAAUACAGCAGCGUCCCGGAGCUGGGCAGCCUCACCCCGACCUCCCCCUCCAGCCCCGUCCAUCCCCUCCCCAUACCCAGCCCCAGCUCUGGGGAUGGAGACAUCCAUGAGGAUUUCUGCACUGUGUGCAGACGCAGUGGCCAGUUGCUCAUGUGCGACACGUGUUCUCGUGUUUAUCACCUGGACUGCCUGGAUCCACCCCUGAAAACCAUUCCUAAAGGCAUGUGGAUCUGUCCAAAAUGUCAAGACCAGAUCCUGAAAAAAGAGGAAGCCAUUCCCUGGCCUGGUACUCUGGCCAUCGUUCAUUCCUACAUCGCUUACAAAGAAGCUAAAGAAGAGGAGAAACAGAAACUGAUGAAGUGGAGUUCAGAGCUGAAACUGGAGAGAGAGCAGCUGGAGCAGCGAGUCAAACAGCUCAGCAACUCCAUAACGAAAUGCAUGGAGACCAAAAACACCAUCCUGGCUCGUCAGAAAGAGAUGCAGAUGUCCCUUGACAAAGUCAAACACCUGAUUCGCCUCAUCCAAGCCUUCAAUUUCAACAAAGCUCUGGCAGAGACAGACGGUAAGGACAGCAAUGCCAGAGUCCCGGACAGAGCUGAGAGUACAGUGGUCUCUGAAACCACAACAGGAGACAACCCUGCAGAGAAAGUAAAAGACGGGAGCUCCUUAGCCAGCAGCAACAGCGAUGAAAACAAGAAACAAGAGGAGCACGGAGCCACGGGGAACAACCAGACAUCAGGAGCAACGGGAGGAGACACCCAGAGCCAGGCUGUGCGAGAAGACGGCGCCGUCCCCACAGUAGACAACAGUCCUGCUGUUGGGACGGGGGCUGGAGUCGGGGCGGGGGGUGACACGGGGACUGGUCUCCAAGCGGAGGUCGUGGCCAAGCCCGCCACUGAAGCAGCUCCAGCGGUUGACAUUUCUGCUCCCUCAGUGGUUGCGACUGUUGUCACAACCAAUGGUACGACCGAGCCCGCCUGCCCUGACCACAGCCCCACGGGAGGCUGCACCACCAACGCCACCACCAACUCUGAGAACAAGAUGGCUGCCGUCAACCCUCCAGAGACAGCGGUGGAGAAGAAACAGGAGGAGAUCACUGACAGUGACGGCAGCAACAACAACAACAGCAAAACCUCAGAACCCUCCCAGCAUUCUUUGCCAGCUCUUGUCAGCAGUUUGGACAAUAAAAAGUAAUGCUAUGUGUCUCGCGGGAAUUCAAACAUAUAUAUAAAAAAAGACUUUUGCUUGCACCGCACGGUGCCCUGAAGUUGCCAAUCUGUAUAAAUGUUGUUUGUUUGCAUCGUAUUGUCAGACUGUGUCAAUGGUAGAUAUACAGCCCAAGUCACAUGACUCUGGGAAGACGUAGGCUGCUCCGCCCACCGAGCUGGGACACGAGAGCCUACGUUCCAGUGUCAUCAUGCCAAUUAGUGAUAGACGUCAGUGGUGGGAAUGCUCUAAGGGAGAUUUAAUUCAUCAUCACACCAGUGUGUGCCUGUUAUAGUGGCCCCCGUGUUCUCUUGUUGGGGGGUGGGUCCACAUGGUACUGAGAAAACCGAGAACAUGGAACCAAACAUCUGCCGGGGGUUACUCGUCUAAGAAGCAGUGUUGUGAUAGAGUAUGCAUACUGAAAAGAAAGCCUGUUCAAACCUUCGUCCAAAUAAACUUAAUGUGAACAACCUUCUGCAAUCCCAUGAUCCUCACCUUUGACCCUCUACCCUCACCCCAACCCUAACCUGUCCUAUUUAUUCAACCAACUUCCCUGAUGGCCCCGUAACCACAAACCAACCGUUUAAAACCAUCUUAAAACCAGAAACUCUACAGUUCCAGUCAACAGGGCUUUCCUCUUAGUGAAAGUGAACUGUAAAGGGUCAGAAUGCUUCAAACAUACUCAUUCAAAGGCUGACAAUUCUAAAGAGAUGAGAAGACAAAACCAUGUCAGCGAACCGGAUAGCAGCACAAGGGGGAAAAGAGCUUGGGAGAUGACCUGAGAUGCUAAAGUUUUGUCUAACCAUCCUACAAGCUCUUUAUCUGAGACACACUGAUGCUCAUAAACAAAAGCCCCAAAAUACCCCGUCAACUUUGGUGUAAUCUGUCUCCUCCAGUAGAAAAACAUGCCUUUUUCACUAAAUCCAAACUUGAACUAUCCAAUCCACCAAUGUUCUAAGCCUUGUCCUAAUGUUCUCUGUAAACCCGUCUGAGAGAUGCAAAGAAUCCUAGGUGUGGGGUUCAGAGAACACAAUACCGUAGCCGUUAGGCCACACCUACGUAGCUCACCUCUGGCUCUUUUCCGCAGUCAUUCCUGACCGUAUCUCUCCGAUUCCCCACACUAUCCACUGUCCAGCCCUCUUCAAACAAAGGCCCUAACACGAAUCUUAAAAAGAGCACACAAUGGAUAGCCUCUUCUCAUGGACAAUCACAGUGUGGAUGUUGGUUAUUCAUAAACUUGGAAAUGCAUUUGAAGGCGACGUCUCCAACACCUAAUCAACCACGAACUUAGAACAUCCUCCUCAGUCAUAAAACAUUCCCUCUCAGUCAACUGCAAAUUCCUUUGAGCAGAAACUAAAACCCAACUUCUCUGAUUUCCUACUGUUUCAGGGGAUUUAAAGUUGGACAUUCCAACAGACACUUCCUGAAGUGCACAGAUGCCUUUAAACAACAUCACUGAUUUCUGUCUUUGCCUUUAUUUAUCCAAAAAUUAGCCAAUCCUACCAUCAAAAGGGGUUCUUAUGACUGUUCAGUCGGCUAACAAACCUUUUCCUAACCUAACAGAGUUAACCCACUCCCUGUCAAACAUCGCUCAAAUGUCCCACCAGCCAGCAAACCCUUCUCUGAAAACAUUCUGGUGCCUUUGAACAAAGAUCCCCAACCACCUCUGCUGAGUCAAGCAAAAAAACAUUCCCUCUUUAAAGUCAUACCAUCCCCCUGACUGACUUAGGGUGGUUUCACAUUAGGGACCCAGCUCUGGAUCUGAGUUACCUGACCCAAAAGUCCAGUUCAUUUGACCAGUUUGUGACCACAGGUGUACUGUAUUCAGACACCGUGUCCAAGAAUGCUUGAGGAGAUCUCCAGCACGGUACAUGUGAACACAAACAUGAUUGAGUAUUGGGUACUCAGCAGGGAGCAGAGAUGUGAGGACAACUCUUAACAUCUAGUGUCUUCUCAAAGCCUCACAGGUCCAUUUCAUCCUCUAAGCUGCUUGGUAGAUUUAAAAGACAGAAGAGAGUCAUUGUUGACAUCUUGAAAGCAUCCAGAGUACCCUGCAGGACGGACCGCAUUGUUCAGACAGAGCAUAAACAAAUGUUGACGCUAGUGUUUGCCAUGGUUGCCUCUACUUCCUUCUUCUUGGUGAACCACUAACUGUUCUGGCAUUUCUGCAUGGGAAUGGGACAAAACAAAUGUCCCUGAUAUGAAAAUGCCCUCAAACCCAAAUUUAGCUUCCAUUGUCCACUAAGGUCUGAUAUUUUCUAAAUUAAACCACUAGUCCAAGACUAGUUCAUGCACUCUAAACAUUUUUGAGUUGGAAAGCAAUGUUUCAGAAAGUUACUCCCAAACUCCCACCAGUUUCAGUCAGAAGACAGAUGCUGUCAGACAACCCAACAAAAUCACCAUAAACCAGCACCUCUGAAUCCAAGUCAGCCUCUAAUCUCUCAACAAACACCCCUCCCCACAUAACUAGAGCCCAACAUUCCCUGUAAAGUCCACCAACUAACCAGUCAUCUUCAGAAUCCAUAACAGUACUCGUCUCUGAGCGAGGACUACCGUCUCUGGUAGACCAAUGACCUACUGAGUCAGCCUGGAAUCAUUCCCCUACCUUUCUAACAACAGUAACCACCUCAUCUGGACUUGUCAACAAAUCUACCUGUCAAAGUCCUUGUAGAAUCUGGUAUGUGACCCUCUCCCAUUACAAAGGGCUCGUUAGACUUUAAACAAAGUUUUAACAUGAAACAAGGAGAUACCCACCUCAAACCAAAAACGAUGACUUGUGUUCAAGAGUACAACACGGUCUAUAAAAAUAAAGCCUUCCUCGGAGGACCUAAAAACCACACCUCCAUUUCUAAUGUGCCAAAAAUCCAGUUUGACCCACUGGUACCCCCAGAACUCUGACCCAGUUACUUAAAGACCCAGCCAUCCAAUGACCAAACGUCCCAUGCAACCAGCAACCCCAUUAACCAUCGGACCAAGCCUUCAUUUGAAGCAUCCUGACAUUUUAAAACUCUCACCUAAUCAUCCAAAGACUACCCUCCCCUAGUCCACCAACGACCAAAAUUACCCUCAACAACCAGCAGUCACAGUUACCGUCAGACCAAAACCUUCCCCAAGGAACCCAAUAGCAAAUCUCUCUUCCCCAGUGUGCCAAAAUCCAGUGCACCCCUAAAAAAUCACCUGUAUUAUCCAAGAACUUUUGUGAAUAUCCAACCUGCCAUUCCUGUUAAAAUCAGACCAACCAAUUAUUUGAAGCAUUCUGACACCUUAACAAUGAUCCCAUCAAACAAACAACAACCCAUCCUAUGGACCAGUAGCAAAAACCUUCCAAGAUGACUUAAAUCCCUUCCAGAUUGCCAAUAACCAAACUUUUCCCAACCAACCAACAGUCAUCAAAGCUCCCCCCAAUCCAGCCUCCUUGAGUUUAAACUUCCUCUGGACCCCAACAACCCUUAUAGGGUCAACUGAUUACUAUACAUCCCUCCAGAUCACCAAAACACCCCCUACCAACUAACUGGCCCAGAUCCAGUUCAAACAUCCUUUCGACCCCAACAACCCUUUUCCAGUCAGCUGAGUACUAUUGGCCCUUCCAGGUCAACCAAGAGGCACAGAUGCUCACCCCCUCUCCAUGACAUCCAGUUUGAACAUGCUCUAGACCCCAAGAACCCUUACAGAGUCUACUGAUUAUGCACUUCUAGAUCACCAAUGACCAAAAGUCCCCCUACCAACCAGCAGGCCCAGAGCCCUGCACCAUUUCCAGGUCCCAGCAGCCCCUGCCCAACCAAGUGACGACUUAAUGCCCUUUUAAACUGCCAAUGAUCAAACUUCCCCCUACCAACCAACAAACCUAGAACCUUCCCUCAGCCCUGCCUCCUCCAGUUUGACCCCAACAUCCCUUACCAGCCCUUAUCAGCUGAUUACUCUGUGCCCUUCCAGUGACCAAACUUUCCUAGUCCCCCUCCUCCCCCCUCUCCCCCUCCUGUGUCCCAGAGCUCAGGCAGAAAAGACGCUGAGCAUUGCGUUCAGCCGGUACGAAGGACGAGGUGGAACAGGCACGGUAGCCUAACAGAUGUUUUCAGUGGUGUUGGUCAAGUGUAGUGAUUGAGUUUUCAUUCGUGAGUCAAGUGUGUCAACUGUGAGCACUAAAUGUGAAGUUGCAAUAUUGCAAUGUCAACACACACAACUAUAUCUGGGCUGUGUUUCUUUUUUAUAGGAAAAGAUAUUCAGGUCUUCCUAGUCUUCAGAAUAAGUGCUUUCUGUUCCUGAACCUGCUGGACUGGCAUUAUCAACACAAAAAGGAAUCCUCUUUUUGAAGUGGUGAUCUUUGCAUUAUGUACAUUUUUUGUUGAAUCCUGAACUGCCAAAAUGAUGUUGUAUCCAAAUUCAGCAGGGACAAGUCCACUUACUGUAUUGAACGAUCAAAUCAUUGGCGUUGUAAGAUAUAGAUGCUACCAUUUCAGAAAUUGGAAGUUCCCAGAUGGAGACAGGAGAGCUUAUUAAACAAUAACAUUAGAGGAACUUUGAUUUCCUUGAAAUGGAGGGAUUUGUCGUAUGAACCUUCUCCUGCAGAUGGAUCUCAAAGGACAGUACCACAAAUCCUGAGAUUAAAGCACAAGCUUGCUGCAUUACAAAGAAGUGCUGAAGAGCUUUUUGUAUGUUAAUAUGGAAUUAAACAGAGUAUGCAUCUCUUUGUUGUGAUGUGACUUAUCCCCACAUUGCCAAUAUUUUUCUAGGAGGAAAUCCAAACCUCUUUCUGACAUUAAGGCUCAAGUGGAGUUCAUGUUUGGGGAGGGGAGGGGAGCAUCCCCUCGCUGUUAGACUAGUGCAUCUCUUUUCUUUCUGGAGCAUGUCUGGGCUGAAAUGUGAUGCUGAUGUUCGUUGGCUUGGUGGCUGUCAGUUCGGGUCUGUCUUUGUCUGGUGAACCGAUCAUGACUUCUGGCUUCUUGUUGGGUACGGGGCAUUAACAAACUCUGGUCUGUUCAUAAACGGUGCCUCUGUUCAUGCUUUUUUUUUCUACUUUUGUUUGGGGUUUUUUUUUUGCUACGUUGGAGCGUUUUUGCUUUAACUUCAGCGGUCCAACCACGCAUCCACCCGAUGGCGUUCGGUUCUUUGAACUGUCUCCUGUACACUAAAAGUUUUUGGUUUUUAUCUGCCUAAUGGUGAGGAUUUUUUAGCCAUGCUAGUGGCUUAAGGGUGUCAGCGUCCAUUCCAGACAUUAUUGAGGCCACGUUUACACAGUCAUCUGAAACUGAAAACUUCCUCUUCAGACAAGUCCUGUGUUCAUACAGGAACGUUCUGAUAGCAACCGCCAUGGCUAUCAUGUGACUGUGUGGGCGGGCAGUGAGGUAGGGUUGCUACUCUAAGUGAGCCUAGACUACAAGGAGAGUAAGCUCAGUCCCUGGCCCCCCUUUGCCUCUUCUAUUUAGUCAGACCAGUACGUAUUGUGUCCCAAUUCCUGGACUGGCACACUCCAAACAGAGUCUCAUGAGAAAUCCACAAGACUUAGACAAAUGUCCGUAGCAAAAUACGAAAUUUACAACAUCGAAUACUUAAAUUAAAUGAUGUUUCAAUGCAUUCCUGUCCUUUUGAUUUCAGGUAAGAAGUUUUUUAGAGUAGUAAUGUCCGGCGACGUCGAGUCUGUUCACGUGAAUGCUGUCGAUGACCACUGAUGGCGUAUCAGGAACUAGAGAGGUCGUCCCAUUUCGUAGGGGGUUUUGACCACUACCACUUGUGACUUGAAAUCAAGGGGUAGGAGUAAACAUUAGAAAUUGGAAUACAUUUCUUAAUUUCAAGAAAACAUCGACUAGGAGUGAAACAGAUCACAGGAGUCGUUUGAGUUGUUGUGCACGUGAUUCAUCAGUGCUGGCCCACUUUUCAGCAGCUCCGGUUCUGGAAGUAAAAUUCACCCUUCAGAUCCUCUCUAGACAUUUCAUAAAAUCUUUAUUAGAACACUUACAAUGCAUGAACCAAGCUAACCAGCUACCCAAGGACUCAUGACUAUCAAACACUUGAUUGGUGCAAAAAACUGGCAUUCGAAACUGGGGAAAAAGGCACAAGACUGUGGACAUAUUUCCUUACAAGGAGGAAGGAACUACGUAUCCCACAAUCCAUUGCGAUUUGUUGUCAAUGAUAGCUUCUCAAGCUUUUAGACGUUAUAUGCAUCUUUAUUGUAGUAAUUACAUAUUUGAAGUUGUUUUAAUUUGCAUAUUCAUUGCUUUAUAUUGUGGCGGCGUGUUAGUCGUCAUAAACAGUCCUCAGCCUUUGAUCGUGGGAUGGUAGACAUUUCUGUGGUAACCAGAGACCCCACCAAUCAGAGACAUUGCUUUGAUACUAAAGGAUUGUGGGUAUUGUAGUGCUUUUGCCUGAGAUCACCAAUAAACUGCCGCUGCCUUCCAUUUACCUUGGAGGUCCAAACUGCAUUUCCGUGGCAGCGUUCCAGCGCCACGUACAGGCUUGGCUUAUGCGCUACGGCGUUUUCAGUCGUUUUAGUUUCUGAAACGAUUCCGUCUUCACUGAAAACUUUUUCGAACGAAACGACAACAUAUCGUCUCUGUGUGGACAGGGCCUACGUUUCUUAAAACAAGGUUGAUAUCUUGCAAAGUUUGUCUUCUGCAGAAGUGCGUACCAUCGUUUCACUGUGAGGCCGGUCUAGCUCAGAUGUUUCUGAUAACAUAUAAUAAUCAAAUCCACUAUGAUGGAAAUGAAUGGGACUUUUGUUUCUGCAACCACACUGUUGAGUCCGAUUGGCUUGGACUGUGGAGCUCAUCAGAGGGAAUCACGGAUCGCCGGUUCACACGAAAGGUUGCACUCUGCAACUGAUUAUCAGGCACACAAUGCUCAUUUUUGGUUCAAAUGUAGACAAAAUGUACCAAAAGUUAACCCUUUCAGCUGAAGUUGUGUAAGUGUGGCCUUAAUAAGUCUUAGGGCAGGUUCAAAUCUUUGGUUUUUAAUCAGCAUCUGUGGGUCGAGUGUGAUUAAAUGUGGUUUACACAUUAACGCUCCCCUCAGGAUGUUCUAAUAAUACUAAAUUCCUUUAUUUAUGACCAAAUAUCUGCAGAAAUGUCAUUCCUUUAGUCUUGGUUCCACUUUGAAGUAUCAGCUAAUGCUAGCAUGCUGACAUGCUAAGAUAAUUAACCUGCAGAGCAUUCAUAUGUUAGCAUCUCCGUUGUGAGCAUGUUAGCAUGCUUAUGCGUGAGCUGAUGGGAGCUGCUAGCAUGGCUGCAAACUCUAAAUAAGGAAUUCUUUCAAAAGAGAAAAAUGGGCUCAUUAAUUGUAGAUUUUUCACUCAUUUCCAGUCAUCUGAGUAUUCAGGGGUGCGUGCGUGUUUGGGCGGCUGUGAAAUAAGCUGUUACAGGUGUCUUUUUUUCAUAUCAUAUGGACUCUUGUAACCCAAUCAGCAUAUCUGACACCAGUUGUUUUUACAUCAGCUGUACAAACUGCCUUCAUUGAGAAGAUCCCCGAAGAGUACUGAGAGAGUUUAACAUUUCCACGUUCGGCCACAGUGUUGUCUGAUAAAUGUCUUUGAGAAGAGUCUAGCCAUUCGAACAGAAGAAAAAGACUGAAAAUGGCAUCUGAUACGUCCCCACCUCCUCACACACUCCUUCUGUUGAUGUGUUCUGUUCUCCGUCUGCGUUCUGGGGUGGAUGUUCUUCUUCUUCUUCUGUCGUCUGACGUUUGUUUGGUAGAGCAGCGCAGUCAUCCGGUUUUUCUUUGAACGAGCCCGAAAUUGUGUUCCAGACAAACUGGACCUUUCCCUCUGUACAGUAGGUACCUCGAGUGCCUUUCUUCAAACAGCAGAUAAUAUUUGUCUCUUGACUUGCACUGUGACUUGUAGAACCUUACUAACCCCCUCUUACCCGACCCGACCCACCUCUCCCAUCCCACAAGCUCCCCCGAAACUCUGGAGCACAACCCCGGUCCCUUCACCUCAGGCUGCCAGUAGUCAAUGCAAGUGGAAACUACAUUUCAUGAUAUGCCGUUUAGAUCGACCAGAUAGUGUUUCGUUGUUCUAGGAGUUGCCUUAAAUGUGUUUUAUUUCCUUUUUACGUGAGUAACUUUUAAAUUAGGAGAAAAAAAUCGCUGCAGACGCUGGAGACGGUGGAAAACUCGUCAACUAAAGACGGAUCGUUGCUCGGUGUGACAGCCCGUCGUUUUGUGAUGCACUUUUGGUUUGACCAGUAUUAUUAUCAACCUGAUGGUCAUGGAUCCUGCUCUGGGAGCUCUUCUGUUCCUCCUUCAUCAUUCCCUCCGUGCUGUGGUUCUUUUUCUUCUUUUUGUGUUUUUGGAGGAGUUUGCUAAAUCAGGUCACGUGAGCCGGAGCCUGUUUGCAUUAGGAAUGAACAAACUAACCCGCACCCUGAUGGGCAGACUUAGACCCAAUUAGCAACAUCUGUCCACUCAGUCUGGUGGAACGCAUGCCUUCUUAUGCAAAUUUUUAUACAAGAUUUGUCAAACCUUUUUAAUAUGCAUUUGUUUUUUAAGUUUUUUAUGUGAAACUCAAGUCACCUUUUCUUUCUUUGCUGGCAUCCUGAUGCCAAACGUGCAGUUUGGGUGUCGGGGCGUCUGGUAGCCUCCUGGUUUGGAACAUUUCUUCUGUGUUUUAUGGACUCUGGUUUUUAAUUAGAACAUGGCUAAAGCACCAUGCUGAAUGUUGGGAUCCCAGCAGGGCUGUUCAGGGGGCUCAAUCAAUCAAGUACUCAUGUCUCUCUCGUGUCGAGCUCUAACAGUGAAUUUAUCCAAAGAACACUGCACGUGUGCAUUUCUGUUCAGAAGCCUUUCUGUCGUCGGUGCAUAUCAUUCCGGAGUUAAUUUCUGCGUCAGCAUCGUGUGCAUUUGCCCAGCUGGAUAGGACCAUGGUGUGUGCGGCUCGGAAAUGCUCGCCGCAUCGGAGGGCGUCGUGAAUGCAUUCAUCUCCCCGUGUGGUGGAAGCAUCCUGUCAGGCUGGCGGCGCACUAGACGAUUCUGGAACCCUGAUUUUAAAACUGUGGGGAAAAGCAUCAGCUGAUUUAUGACCUUCUUAUCCACACUGAACGCGAGCUCUAGACGGUUCAGCCAAGCAUGAGAUCUCACAGAAACUCAAGAUCAAGCGUGACUUCUUUAAAAACCUGGAGGACGACUGAUGGCGCCACCUGGUGUCCUGGCGUAUGUUUAGUUUUGCAGCAAAAGGGUUAGGGUUAUUGAAGAGGCAGCCGAUUCGUACCAAUUUAUUAGAAACAUUUUCUAUCAUACUGAAUCAGGAGUUAGACGUGUCUUAAAUAAUAAAUAUCAAACGUGUUUGAUAUCAGUGAUUCAGUAAAGUUUAGAAUGUUUCUAAAGAGUCGUAGAUGUCCAAGACGAUGAACAUCAUAUUAGAUAUUCGAUAUUUAUGAUUCUGUAACAUCCUUUUAUAACAAAUCCUAUGAAUAAAAAAGUCAGAUAUUUACAAUAAGAGACUAACAUUUCCAUCCAAGUGUAAAUAUUAAACAUGAUUUUUGUUUUCAGUUUGUGAGAAACAUUUUGAAUCCUACUGAAUCAGAACUAACAGACAUGUUUGAUAGGUAUGACCUGAUAUGAUUCAACUAUAUUCACAUCAUAAUUGCAAUGAACAUUUUUAACGACCUUCAUCAGAAAUGUUCCAGAACGUAUCAAAUCAAAAAACAAAACGUGAUUUAUAGCUUCAUUUAAAUUGGACAUGUAACUAGGAUCUAAAAUCGCCCUUUACUCUUCUUAAAAUCGCCCUGAACUCGUCCUAUACUCGGCCUAAAAUGGCCCUAGAUUCGGCCUUAAAUUACUCUAAAUUCCGCCUAAAACCACCCUUUAUUUGGCCUAAAAUGGCCCUAUACUCACCCUAAAAUCGCCCUAUUUUCAGCCUUAAACCGCCCUGUUUUCAGCCUAAAAUCGCCCUAUAUUCUGCCUAAAACCGCCCUAUAUUCUGCCUAAAAUCGCCCUAUAUUCUGCCUAAAAUCGCCCUAUUUUCAGCCUAAAAUCGCCCUAUAUUCAGCCUAAAAUCGCCCUAUAUUCAGCCUAAAAUCGCCCUAUAUUCUGCCUAAAAUCGCCCUAUAUUUGGCCUUAAUUCGCCCUACAUUCGGCCUUAAACCGCCCUAUAUUCAGCCUAAAACCGCCCUAUAUUCUGCCUAAAAUGGUCCUAUACUCGUCUCAAACUCGCCCGGUGCUCAGCCAGCCUGACGCGCCCACUCCGUACUCUGAAAGCGACCGAGUCUCGAUUGUGGCCUUCUAGCGUUCUGUCGAUCCAUGAACCCAUCCAUCCUGUCCGGACCCAACUGUUCACCUGAAGCUUUUACCUCAUCCACCGCUGAUUCCAUUGGGGGGGUGUUGAGUGCAAAAAAAAAUAAAAUAAAAUAAAAGGACAAAAAAAGAAAAGAAAAAAAGAAAAGUCUUUUUUUAUCUUCCAUUCGGUGAGAUGCAUUGUAGCGAUAUGAAUAAAGAAAAAGUUCACCUGGUGUGCUGAAUAAUGUGUAAAUUGGUAAUUACACAAUCUGAAUAUUUGUAUAAUUGUUUGUAUUUUUUCAUAAUGAUUUUGGAAAGGAAUGUGUUUAUUUUUUUGACUUCUGUUCCAGAUGUGUCUUCUGUUGGCCUGACAUUGUGACUGGUCUGGUGGGAUUCUUACCUCUGUAUUGAGCCUCUUCUGUGAUGAAUUCUUUGUAUGCAGUGUUUAGGAAAUACUGUAGGGAACAUGGGGAGGAGUUGAUAUUAGGAGCAUUUGAUCAAUUUGUAUUUAUUUAUUUUAUCAUUUUGUUAAUAAAUUGUGAAAAGCA